CGCGCCGCCGGCGGGCGCUGAUAUGACGCGUCGGUGCGGGGACGGAAGGGCGCGGCGGCCGACGGCUGGUGGUAAACUCCCUGGCGACGUGACGUCGGGAGCGGUAAAGUACCGAUCAGUGCGCGCUGCCGACUGGACGAGUCAGUUCCAGUGUACGGCGGAGCGGUGUGGUGACAGGGCUCCGUGAGUCACGGUGUUAUUUUCCGUGGCGUGUUUGUGGGCUGCCGACCCGGCCGGUCCUUGUCAGUGCGUGGGUAGGUGAGACGCUCUCCCAGCCGCCGACACACCGGUCAGAAUGGAGACCGUGGCGCGGCACCAGACCGCCGCCGCCGGCCGGCUGUACCGGGUGCUGGCCGAAGAUGACGGAGACAACGUGUUCGUCUCCCCGUUCAGCAUCUUCACAGCCCUGACGAUGGUGGCUGCCGGCGCCGACGGAGCCACGGCCUCUCAGCUGAGUGCAGCCCUGGUGCUGCCGCAGGACGCGGACUCACUGCACGAAGGGUACAACAAGGUGCUGGAGAUGCUGCAGAGCCCGCCGAACGUCACGCUCUCCACGGCCAACAAGGUGUACGUGCAGCAGUCCUACAAGGUGCUGGACAGUUACACUGGCCUGCUGCAGAAGCAGUACCUGAGCAAGCUGACGAGCGUGGAUUUCGCCGAUAACGUGGGGGCAAGCAAACUUAUCAACGGUGAAGUGGAGACCGAAACAAGAGGGAAAAUCAAGGAUCUGAUCAAAGCCAGUGAUCUGGAUGAGUAUGUUCGCCUGGUACUGGUGAAUGCCAUCUACUUUAAGGGCUCCUGGAAGCAGAAGUUUGACGCGAGCGAAACACAGGAGCGGGACUUCUUCGUGACGCCAGGAAACCCAGUCAAAACGCAGAUGAUGUACAUGAAGGGAAGCAAGUUCAACUGCGGCCACAUCCCCGAGCUGAGCUGCAAGGCACUAGAGAUGCCGUACGAAGGCGAUAGGUUCAGCAUGAUCGUGCUGUUGCCCGACCAGCAGGACGGCCUGAAGGACCUGGAGGAAAAACUGCCGUCAACGUGCAUCAGAGACAUCCGCGGCACUCUCUGCAACCAGAAAGCAGUCAUACGGGUACCGAAAUUCAAACUGGAAACUUCCUACGACCUGAUCAAACCGCUCCAGAAACUUGGCAUUAAGGACCUUUUCGACAAGAACGCCGACCUGUCCAAGAUCUCGGGCAACAAGGAGCUGUACGUGUCGAAGGUCAUCCACAAGGCGUUUAUUGAGGUGAACGAGGAGGGCGCCGAAGCGGCCGCCGCCACCGCCGUCGCCGUCCGGAUGAAACGCUGUAUGCCGAUGAUGGACGCCGGGCCGUUCGAGUUCACUGCCGACCACCCCUUCCACUUUGUUAUCUUCGACAGGGAGACGGGACUGACGCUCUUCUCAGGCCGCUACGCCAAGCCUGUCUAGACCGAUGGAAGCGGACGGGUCGGGCUAACGGUCGGCUCCAAGGCAGAUACACAUGAUUGUUGGCGUGUGCCAUGUUGUUUUUGUUGUGUUAACGUAUCCAUUUUAGCCAGUACUUAAUUAUUAUAGACCAGCAGAGCAGUAUCACAGCUGGUAUCUGUUUUAUUAUUUUGAAAUCCAACUUUGUGAA